GCAGGAGGGAGCACAGCUGCGUCCGGUUCCUCUGAUCAGAGUCCUCACCACCGCUCUCCUCUGAGGCUGCGUCCGGUUCCUCUGAUCAGUGUCCUCACCACCGCUCUCCUCUGAGGCUGCGUCCGGUUCCUCUGAUCAGAGUCCUCACCACCGCUCUCCUCUGAGGCUGCGCGGACCCACCGACCACAACACACCGCUGCUGUCACUUCACCUGCACUACUUUACCUCCCAGCUGACCGGAGGAGUGAAGAGAAGCUCUGAAGACACAUGUGAGGAUUUGCUGUUGUGACAGUUCUCUGCUGCCGCCCCGGGGUUCUUCUUCUCCUCCACCUGCACUUGCAUGAGUCCGAAACUCGGGUAGUGACCGUCGACAUGAGAGCUCAAAUAGAGGUCAUUCCCUGCAAAAUCUGUGGGGACAAAUCAUCAGGGAUUCACUAUGGUGUCAUCACCUGUGAAGGCUGCAAGGGUUUCUUCCGACGUAGCCAGCAGAACAAUGCUAUGUACUCCUGCUCACGUCAGAGAAACUGUCUCGUUGACCGGACCAACCGUAACCGCUGUCAGCACUGCAGGUUGCAGAAGUGUCUUGCUCUGGGCAUGAGCCGUGAUGCUGUGAAGUUUGGUCGAAUGUCCAAAAAACAGCGUGACAGCCUGUAUGCAGAGGUCCAGAAGCACCAGCAGUCCCAGGAGUGUGCGGGCCUCGCCGCCCGCGAGGACAAUGGCGACAUGGCCGACCUCACCUGCCCCUACAGAAGAGGCUCAAGCACUGCGCUCAGUGAUCUGGACGACAUCACCACGCUGCAAGGAGACCUACUUUUCGACAUGCCGCUGACCCCGAGGGACGCAGGUGGUGACUACUGUAACCUGGACAUGCUGGGUGGCAGCGCAGGCAGCAGUUCAUCCUCUCAGAGUUCACCAGAACAGACCAACUUUGACUUUGUAGACGGCAACCUCGGCAUCAAGCAUGAGUACCAGCUGUUGCACGACUCUGGACUCUUCUCACACGCUAUCCUCAACCCACUGCCGGGGGGCUGCUACCUGCUUGAAAUUGAGCGUAUAACUCAGAGUGUGGUCAAGUCCCAUAUCGAGACAAGCCAGUACAGCACAGAGGAGCUGAAGAGAAUGGCGUGGACCUUGUAUAACCCAGAAGAGACACGCUCAUAUCAGACCAAGUCAGCUGAGGUGAUGUGGCAACAAUGUGCCAUUCACAUCACCAACGCAAUCCAGUACGUCGUGGAGUUUGCGAAGCGCAUCUCUGGCUUCAUGGACCUGUGUCAGAACGAUCAGAUUAUCCUCCUCAAAGCAGGCUGCAUGGAUGUUCUUCUGAUCCGCAUGUGCCGGGCCUACAACCCCAUCAAUAACACAUUGCUCUUCGAUGGAAAGUUUGCUACUCCUCAGUUUUUCAAAGCUCUCGGCUGUGAUGACCUCGUGAACGCAGUGUUUGACUUUGCCAAAAGCCUGAGCCGCAUUCAAAUGUCCGAGGAGGACAUGGCUCUCUUCAGUGCUGCUGUGCUGCUCUCACCAGACCGACCCUGGCUCACAGAUGUCCAGAAAAUACAGAAGUUGCAGGACAAAGUCUACGUGGCUCUGCAGCGCUGUCUACAAAAAGAGGGGGCAUCAGAAGAGAAACUAGCGAAGAUGGUGUCCAGGCUCCCCAUAAUGAAGUCCAUUUGUAACCUCCACAUCGACAAACUGCAGUUUUUCCGCCUGGUGCACCCGGAGACAGCAUACACGUUUCCUCCUCUGUACAGGGAGGUGUUUGGCAGUGAAAUCACCUUCCCAGACUCCACGGAGGGUUAGAGCUGUUCAGCUUUGUAGCUUGAUUCAAAUAUAAACACUGAGGUUUAGGGAGAGGGGAGAUUAAAAAAAUGUGGCAACCAGCUGAGGCAAAAUCUAACCAGCAGCUCAAUGACAAUCCUGCACGCUACACUUGAGGACACGCUCCUCUCACCUCUUAACUCCCGACCUUGUGGAGUAGCUUACACUGCCCGGCAAGCCAGUCCCUUCAGUUUCGACGCACAACUACAGGAACGGCUGCUGGCCACUCAGUGCAUGUUACCUCUUUUUUUUUUUUAGGGAGUUAAAGGAAAUGAUUAAAUAGUAGCCUAUAAUUUGUAUUCUCAAAACUAUUUUUCUAUGAGGAGACCUUAAACCUCUCGUCGAGUUUAAUUUCUUUGUAAUAUAAAUUUGACUUCUAUCGUUCUCACAGUUCUAGUAAGCUAUUUUUGAAUGUACCCCCUUUCCCUUUUACCGCUCAGCACAGCCCUAGGCUUGAUGUAGAAUGUACAUACUUAAAAUCCUCACCCUCUUUGUGGAGGUUUUGCAGUAACAAUGCUUGUUUCAGUUGUCAGUCUCGUAACAGUUUAUCACUUCAUUCAAUAUUCUUUCGGUAGUGCCCAUAUUUUUGCAGUUUUGUAACGUCUGAACAAACUGUUUAAAGGGACCAUGAUCAAACUCACAGGCUGAUAGGUUUUUAAACUGGGUGAAUCGCGGGCAAACCUCCGGUGUCUGCCGCCAUGCACCUACAAACGCUUGCACACAGAGCGCAAAACAGAGCACUUAUGCUGAUCUUUGUUGGUAUUUCUACGAGCACACCCUUCAGACACUGAUGUGAGCUCUUUAUUUUUUUAAUGCAAUCAGUGACCUCAGUCCUUAAACCUUUUCCCUUUGCAAAUGCCACUUAGAGAGCAAGAGAAAAGCAGAGGUAUUGUGAAAGUAUUUUCCGAUGUUCCUGUUUUUAUAUAUAUAUAAACACUAAUAUAAUCAUGUAAGGUAAGAGCAGGGGGGAUUUCUCACAGAGCGAAGAGGAGGUGCUGGGCAGCCAACCGCUGUGGGGCUGUGAGCAUCUGGAGUUGUUGCUGCUCAGGCCCCUCCGCACAGGCCAAAAUACCUCUCAACACCAGCAGGGUAAAAUAAGUAAUGGGGGGGGGGUUGGUUGGUUGUUGAAAUGUGCCGGUUUUAUUUACCUACACGGUUAAAAAAGGGGCAAAGAAUAGAGAGUGGGCAGUUGGGUGUUAUUUUUAGCUCCUUGGAUGAGAGUUAGAGGGGAUUUACUGUCUGUCUCACUCUCAACUCUCACUGCUGCUGGGACGGGCAGAUUGUGCUGCUGCAGGCGGCCGAGAUGUUCUGAUUGGAGAAAUAAAUCCUCUAUUCCUUAUUCCCCA